AUGGACGCGCCGCAUCUUUACAAACUGCCGGCGAUGAACCGCUUACCAGUCGAAGUCUGGCGGAGAAUCUUCAGCUUCGCUUGCCUGGAUGAUGGCAGAACAGGCCGUUCGCUUUCCCUGGUAUCGAAGUACAUCAACGAGGCAUCAGCUUGUCAGCGGUACCAGUCAGUAGCGCUGGCAGGAGAGUCACAGACAGACCGUUUCAUAAAGCAGCUGAUGAAACAUUGCUCCCGGGAGCGGAGAGUACUUUACCUCUUCAUUCGCGACUAUCCCAGACGAAGUGGUCCAGUGCUGGAGUACGGCACCCUUUGCCGCAUCUUGGUACUGGUCGCCGCAUCCCUUCGCGUGCUGUCCUUGCUGAUCAUCGAGGAAAAGAGAGAAUUCAUUCUCUCGCCCAUCGUGCUUCCUGCGUUGGAAGAGUUGAUGGUGCAUGGCAACUGCGAGGCGCCGGCAGUCCCCUUCGUCGUUCCGGGCUUCGAGUUCCGAAAUCUCAGGUGUAUACACAUCCAGGGGGUCUUCUACAAAUGCAGCAUUACCUCUCCUGACGAGUUCCCCUCAUUUGACCUGGCUUCAGGAAGAAACGUGGUUCGGAGCAUCACCAGCUCUAGCCCCCACUUGACACAUAUCAGCCUCUCGACCAACCUUGCUAUCGAAUGGCGGGAAGUACUACAGGAACUCGAGGGAUCCGACUCGGAUCCCGAUUCAACAUUGUACCGCUAUGGUUUGUCUCCCAACGUGCAGCGCAUCCUCGUCCGACCGCUGGUGUCCCACGGGUUAGGCGAUUCCUUAGAAUAUCGAGCCUAUCGAACCACACUGGCCUUUCUAUCCCACACUGCCGUCAGAGAUAACAAAGCACGAAUCAUUAUCCAAGAGGAAGCCCCAAUACACGAUCUGGUCAAAAAUCCAGAGGAGCCACAACGUCUGUGGCUCCGGCACAUUCAGGGAGAGGAGAGCUAUUGGAUGGAGGCAGGAAUACCCGCAUUAAACCGUAACGCCGCCGGGAGGGCCAUUUUAAGAGACGCAUUGAAUGCGCCCUCAGGCUGA